CCUUGACGUCGCGACCCCUAGCGACCUCCCUCCUGUCUGGCUCGGUUCAUCCGGGCUCCGCUCCCGCCCGGCCCCGCGUUUGCUUGUUUACUUGCUUGUCAGGGCAGCGGUGGCUCCCUCCCGCGCAGGCGCAGAAGCUGCCUUCAAGGCGUUCCCUCCCCUCGCGCGGCCUUCCUGCCGAAGCGCAUGCGCGCGGCGGAGAAGGGCGCGCUGCCAGCCGGCUCCCACUGCGCACGCGCCCCAAGGAGAGGCGGGGGGGGGGGAAGGAGCGGCCUCCUUCCGGCGCCCGCGCGUGCGCAGCUCGCCUCCUGGGCCAGAGGGGACCGGGCCGCCCCGCCCCGACGCCGGAGGAACCGGCCCCGCGGAGCCCAGCGGAGAUGGCCGAAGACGAGGCCAAGGCGACGAAGGCGGAGGGCGGGGCCUCGGGCGGGCCCCCCGCCAUGCAGGCCCCCCGCCGGGAGGAAGGCGACGAGGAGGAGGAGGAGGAGGGCGAGGGCGCCGCCUCUGAGGCCACCUCCGUGUCUUCGGGGGGCAGCCGGGCCCCCUCCCCCGCCGCCAACGGGCUCCCAGGGCCGAGGGGCGCCAAGGAGGCUCCUGGGGGCCCGGCCGGGGAGCUGCAGGAGGGUGCGGGUGCCGUUGUGGGGGAGGACCGCCUGAGCAGCGCUUCGCAGGAGGCCCCCAGCCCCGAGUGGCACGAGUGCCCCGAGUGCGGGCGCGGCUUCGGCACAUCGCGGGCCCUGAAGGUGCACCGGAGCUACCACAUCGGGCGCAAGCGGCCCCACGGCGGGGGCGGAGGCAGCAGCGGACCCUCCUCGUGCCCCUCCCCGCUGGGCCCUCCGGGCACCAAGGCCCCCCCGCUCCCCGAGGGGCCCCCCUCCCGCGGCAGGGCCUUCCACUACAUCUGCGCCGAGUGCGGCCUGGGCUUCGCCUCCCCAGCCUCCCUGGAGGGGCACCGCUGCGAGCACGGCUGGCGGCAGCAGCAGCGCGGGGCCUUCCCCCUCCCCCGCCACCAGCCGUCCCCCUCCCCUUCCCCCGCGGGGGGGCAGGCCAACGGGGGCGCCCAGGAGGAGGCGGAGGAGGCGGAGGGGGGGCCCUACCACUGCACCGAGUGCCCCGGGGAGUUCGGCCUGGUCUCGCAGCUGCACCAGCACUACAUGCUCCACGCGCGGGGGGAGCUCUAGGCCUUGCACCCCUGUCUGUCCCUCCCCCCAGUCCUAUAUUUCUAACGUGAAACGGGGCGGGGCAGGGGGACGGAGAGGGUCCUUCCUCUCUGCCCAACUUGAGCCCCCCUCCCCGUCUGCGUGUUUUGGAGAGAGGGAGGGAGU